GCUCUGCGCACCCGGAGCCGGCCGGCCGGGCCCAGGGCGGGCGCGCAGCCCGAGGUGUGGGGCCGCAGGCGGCGGGCGCGGGGAGAGCCAGCCGGCUGGGUACGCACGGGCCCGGUACGCACACCCGCCGCCGCGCCCCGCGCCGCGUUUGCCCGUGCCUGCGCACCGGGAGGCGGCGGCCAGGCCGCGCCCGACACGACUGGCUGGGGUCCCGACGGCGACCGGCACGGCGAGGGGCUGUAGGAGCAGGAGGGCCGGGGGUCCGGCCAUGGCGCUCGAUUUCCUGGCUGGAUGCGCCGGGGGUGUGGCAGGCGUGCUUGUGGGACACCCGUUUGACACGGUCAAGGUGAGUCUCUGCUCCCUGCUUCAGCCUCUGCCACCAGGGCGCAGCCUGCAGGGUGGGGGCGGCCGCAGGCCCCUUUCCCGCGUCCUCAGUUUCUGAAGGAAGGUGGAAGGGGGGCUCUCCAGGGUGCUUGGGGGCCGGAACCUGCCCUGAGCCUUUGUCCUCCCCCCUCCCAGCACUGGGUUCAUGGCCACGUGCACUCUUGGGCCCACCACUGCCCCAAACGCUUCCUUGAAAGAGCGGUCGAGAGAGGAAAGCUACAAGCGUGUCGGGCUUUGCCACUGACGUGAACGUCCCAGAGCCGUGACGAGCGCCGCGCUGCACCUGGUGGCGGCCCUGGCUCCAGCCGGUGCUGUGGGCCUGCGCUCCCUCCGCCGCCGCAGGACAGAAAGCAGGAAAGCUGUCCUCCAGCCGCGGCUUCCCAGGUCCUGGCUGGGUCUUAUGCUCCUCACUCGGCCAGGGCUUUCCUUGCCGCUUUGCCUGCGAGCGGCCGGGCGGGCGGCCAGGCCCUGCGCUUGGCACCUUCCCGUGGGGUGAGGGCGGAGCUGGAGGCGAGACACGUCCUCUGGGGCUGGGCAUCCUGCCUGCCCACUGUUUCUCAGUGAACCCAGGUGUUUGCUGGCCUCGUUCACCGCGGGCUGGGCUUUCCUGCAGUGCAGGCAUGAGGCCUGGCCUUAAGCUCUGGCUCUGACCUUAAAACAUUCUGCCUGGGCCUCGAGCAGGUCCUGCUCCAGCUGGUUGGCCACCUGACCUUGGCCCGUGACUGUACCUCUGGGCCCAGGUGUUCUGCAAAGCUGGAGUGGGGUGAGAUCCCCAGGGGCGCCCCCCCCCCCCCCACCGCGCUGUGCUGUGCUGAGCAGUACCAGGUGCUUUACAAAGUUUGUGAGAGAUGGGAUUAAAAGACAGUUUAAUUUUGUUGCAGAAACAUUGAAUUCCAUGCAUAGUUUUCUCAGAAUACACAUUAUUCAUGAUCUUUUUGAAGGCCCGUGUGUACCUGGAUUUCAAAAGAUUUUUUUUUGCACCAAAAUAAGCCUCCCCGUUAAUUCCAUUUUCGUGACUUGUUUGUAGCAUGUUCUGUGUUGGACUAAAUGCCAGCUCUGAGAAGCACCCCGUGGGGAACAGGCUUUCUUGGGAAGCAGGGAUGAGUUCCCCACGUGGGCCUGCCACGCGCGAGGCUCUGGCCAGGCCACCCUGUGAAGCUGCCCACGAUGGCCUGCCAGCGCCCACCCACACUGCACUUCUGUCUUGAGGCUGUGUCCCGCCAGGUACCUGGGCUUGGCGGAGGCCGGGCCUGUCCGAGCCUGCUGCGGGCUCGCAAGCCCCUUGGUCAGGCCCAUGAGCCAGGUGCACUUCCCACCCCUCUGGGUACGAGCCCCCGAACUCCACCUCCCUGGCACCUCUGGGAAGGCCACCAGGAUGGCAUGUGGGCGGCCCGUCCUGCUGUGCGGUGCCCCCCACGGGCUUCAGCAGGAGCCUGUCCCCAGCAGCGCUGGUGUUCUGCUGGCCACUGGCUGUUGUCACGGUCGAACAUUCCCGGGAAGAGGAAACUGGGAAAUGUGGAAAAGCCAGCGAUCUCCUCGCCCCAGACAGCUCAGCCGUCCCACUUUGUGCCCUGCCUCCUGCACCCACCCGCACAGCGCGUGCCAGGCAUGGGAAGUUCAGAAUGCCACCAUUCAGAAUGGGUGGGCCUUAGGUCUGUGCACAGCUGGGGGCUGGCUUUCUAUAAUAAAAGUAGUACAGGGUUUUUGUUUGUUUUUUAAAUCUUGGCCUUGUGACCGAGGUGCAUAAACUGGUCUGCAAAGCCAGUGGCUUGUGCAUCCCUCCUCCGACCCCUGUGCAGGAUUCCACUGCCAGACAGCCCCCGCUCCCCGACUCCCAGCCCCCGCUCCCCGACUCCCAGCCCCCGCUCCCCGACUCCCAGCCCCUGCUCCCUGACUCCCAGCCCGCACUGCCCCAGCUUCCCUCUCCGGGGGUCGCCUUGCUCACUUGCGCCCUUCACACAGUUGGAGCUGUCCUGUGCAAUACGUUAGGGACACCCGUGUACAGUGCCGUCCAUGGCUCUCACAUCUGCACUUGGUCCCUCUGGGCCGUGGAGCACGCAGGAAUCCCCGGUCUGGGUCCCCCCACCACGGUCCCUGGGCUCGGCUGCCUUCCCUGUUUCUGGCUGAAGGUAGCUCUCUGUCUUGCUCCACCGGGCCUGUGGUAAUCUGUGCUUCGCCGCCCCUGGGCAGGGGAGGGGACAGGGCGGCGGGGGGCUGGCGGCGGGGCUCAGCACCUGGAAGUGAUGUUGCCAUUUUGUGCUGCUUUAACCGCCUUUACUUUCUGAGCUAGGGGCUGCCUCCAUGCAUAGCCAAAGUGUAACUUUGUUGUAGAUGAGCGUAAGCCUCUGCCGGGAGAGCACUAGUAAGUACAGACCAGGUGAACCUCCGUCCUCGGCUCCUGCCCGCCCAGACCCCGCCCUGCCGCAGCCACAGGUCCUGCUGGAGAAACUCGGCCCCACCCCCCGGCCCCCGCCCUGUGGGGGCUCCAAGCCUCCUGGGCUCAUGUGCAAGUGACGGUUUUGCUGGGGUGGACCCAGCCUCGGCACGAGUCCCUGGAGAAGACCUUGUCGCCCCGAACACUGAGAACCUCAGAUCCAGGCGGCGUGGGACUGGAGCCACUCGGCCACGUGUCACACAUGGACUGCUGGGCAGCGAGGGCCCCUCACGGACCUGAGGGGCGGACAGAGUGGGCAUGGGCCUCUGGCCGCUCCGGCUGAGGGGCUGAGUUGACCUGACCUGCAGAGCCCAAGGGACGCCACCGGGCGCCAGCGGAAGCCCCACCUACUUCUGCCAGCACAGCCCUCUCGGCGCCAGGGUCGGGGGCCGCGGGAGGACCUGACCCCCCCAGAACGCUGAAGGGAGGGAGAGAGACCUCACGUCACAGAAACGGCACCUGAGCCAGAGCGCGUGGUGUCAGAUGUUCAACACCCCCUCCUGCUGGGUCCUGGCAGGGGCGGGGCAGCGGGUGCCGCGGUGCCCUGAGUGGAGGUCCCGGUGUGCAGAUGGCGCUUUUUCCCAAUGAGUCUUUUUUUUUUUUUUUUUAAAGAUUUAUUUAUUUAUUUGAAAGAGUUAUACAGAGAGAGAGGCGAGGCAGAGAGAGAGAGAGAGAGAGAGGUCUUCCAUCUGAUGGUUUGCUCCCCAGAUGGCCGCAACGGCCGGAGCUGCGCUGAUCCGAAGCCAGGAGCCAGGAGCUUCCUCCAGGUCUCCCAUGUGGGUUUCAGGGGCCCAACGACUUGGGCCAUCCUCUAUUGCUUUCCCAGGCCAUCGCAGAGGGCUGGAUCGGAAGAGGGGCAGCCAGGACUAGAACUGGUGCCCAUAUGGGAUGCCGGCGCUUCAGGCCAGGGCAUUAACCUGCUGCGCCACAGCGCUGCCCCCCCCCCCCUUUUUUUUUCUUGUAAGUGCACUUUCCAGCAGAGGGUCCACCUGUCCUGGUGGAGGGACUUGGCAGAGGCUCCCACUCCCAGGCCGAAGAAGCCCCCGUUCCCUGUCAGGGUGCUCCCUGGCCAGCACGACCACUUGUGUCCAUGGAGACUCCGGGCAGCUGAGGCCACCCUGCAGAAUGUCACCAGCCUCCUUGGAAUGGCACCCACCUGGGCGGGUGAUUCCGAUGCCCGGAAGAGAUGAAUACGGAGACCCCCGCUCCCUGCCUGUGCUGCCCACACUCCGUGGCCCUGGCUGUAAUAGUGGGAGGGCAGCUCCUGGGGGUGUGACUUGACCGAGUUUAACCCCGCGAGGCAGAUUCCCAGUUCAGGCCCUGUCCCUCCUGCCCUGCGUCCCAAGGGCAGAGAUAAGCUCCUGGUUGACAGCGCCUUGACGUGCCUGAGGAUCCGGGCAGCUGCACCUGCCGUGGGGGCCCCCAGGAGUGGGAGAGUUAGGACUACCCCUCCUCCUGUAAGGGGCCACUGGGCAGAAGUCAGCGAGUCCCAUGGAGCCGAGGCUAGAGGCCUGUGACACCUGGCACCUGGUGUGGACAGUGAUGGGACGUUAGCUCAGGAGCCCCCUCUGGCCCCAGCCCUGGUUUGGGACGCCGGCCACUCGGCAGGAUGACAGGUGUCCCUUGCACAGCCAGUUGGUUCUGGGAGGUAGUUUGUGUCCCUGGAGUGCAGUGUGCAGUGAAGGUAGAAAUGGGAGGCUUUGCCUCAACCACCUGAGAUUUUGGGGACCCCUGUCUACAGCUGGUUGUCCCUGCAGCUGUUUGCCCACAAGCACCCCUCCCUGAAGAGGCCUGGACUCCUGGCCCUGCCCCACCCCGAAAUUCCAAGAGCCACAGGAAGCUGCAGGCUCCCUUCCUGAUGCAGCCUGCCUCAGGCCUCCCCCAGGGCAGGGGAGUGGGUGUUCUGGCUCUGGGCUCCCCCGCCUCUCACUGGGCCCCACCCUUGCAGGUGCGGCUGCAGGUGCAGAGCACGGAGAAGCCCCGGUACCGCGGGACCCUGCACUGCUUCCAGACCAUCGUCAAGCAGGAGAGCGUGCUGGGCCUGUACAAGGGCCUGGGCUCGCCCCUCAUGGGGCUCACCUUCAUCAACGCGCUUGUGUUCGGCGUGCAGGGCAACACGCUGCGGGCGCUGGGCCAAGACACACCGCUGAACCAGUUCCUGGCCGGCGCGGCGGCGGGCGCCAUCCAGUGCGUCAUCUGCUGCCCGAUGGAGCUGGCCAAGACGCGGCUGCAGCUGCAGGGCGCGGGCCCAGCCCGCACCUACAAGGGCUCCCUGGACUGCCUGGCGCAGAUCUACCGGCGUGAGGGCCUGCGCGGCGUCAACCGAGGCAUGGCGUCCACGCUGCUGCGCGAGACGCCCAGCUUCGGCGUCUACUUCCUCGCGUACGACGUCCUCACACGCGCGCUCGGCUGCGAGCCUGGCGAGUCCCUGCUGGUGCCCAAGCUGCUGCUGGCGGGCGGCGUGUCGGGUAUGGCGUCCUGGCUCUCCACCUACCCCGUGGACGUGGUCAAGUCGCGGCUGCAGGCCGAUGGGGUGCGGGGCGCCCCGCGCUACCAUGGCAUGCUGGACUGCGCGCGCCAGAGCUACCAGGCCGAGGGCUGGCGUGUGUUUACGCGGGGCCUGGCCUCCACGCUGCUGCGCGCCUUCCCCGUCAACGCCGCCACCUUCGCCACUGUCACCGUGGUGCUCAGCUAUGUGCGCGGCCCCGAGGCCACCCCCGCGGGGCCGGCACUGGCCCAGCCCUCCAGCCUGUGAAGCGCCCAGCCUCGGUCCGCAUCGCACCGGGCUGGGCUGUGCUGGGGACGUCACUAGGAUGGACACGACGUCAGGGAUAUGCCUGUGCGGUGCCCUGGCCUGGGACUGGUACUAGAGGUCCGCUGGAGACCCAGCCAAGCGCACCGGCCUGCAGGCUGGCUCCACCAGCUGCGAUGUCCUGCUGCGGGCUUCCCGGGCAUUCGGAACUCCCCGUCUCUUCCCCAGCCCCACAGACACCUCUGGGCUCUGCUGGGGACAGAGGGCAGCCUGGAGAGCCUCCUGGUGUGCCUCUUCUACCUGUGUGUCUCAGCCCCUGGCUUGCCCGUGGCCUGGGCCUCACCAGGAAGUCACUGCUAGGUUGUUCGGCUGUGGCACAGGCAAGCCCCUGCACCUCUGGACCUCAGACUGCCUUUCUGUGAAAUGGGGACAUGAGUCAGCUGGGGUCUGGGUCGCUGGCCCAGGAGCCAGCCAGUGCUCCCCAAGGUCCACAGAGGGCCCAGUAGGGAAUGGUGUGGGCUGGAACUAAGGCCAGACACGCCGACGGUCCGUUCCUCCUGUGGCCAGCAGAUGGUGUCUCCCAGGCAGCGAGGGGCUGAUGGUGGGCACAGGUGUGGCCGGUUGGGACCCCUCCAGGCCGGGGAGUGCCAUAAGCUCUGUGCCCAGCUCUGGCCUGGCCACCGUACAGGAACCUUGGAAGAAAUAAAGGACCCUGGAUUUUUAA